CUCUUGCUGUUUCGUCCGAUGACCUACUUAUCUUUUCGUUUACCUCACAAGAUACUUUGUAGUGAAAAAGAGAAGAUGGUCGAAAAAGAGGAUGGGGAAACAUGCAAUUUUUCUUUUGUUACUGGAUAUUCUACAAUUGACUUCAGUUUUAGGUGAUAAUUUAGUUAAGCGAAAUUUGCCAGACAAAAGGCGUUUUCAAGUAAUAAAACCAGUGUUCUACCACAAUAGAUUACCAAGGGAAACCACUCACAUUAAGAAUGGUACCCAUCUUAAAGAUGUCACAUUAUAUUUUCAAGCAUACAACAGACAUUUUCUUAUAGACCUAACAGUCAAUAGGUAUUUAUUUUCAAAGAAUUUCAUAGAAAAGAAAUUUCAUGAUGCACAUAGUUAUACUAUACACAAGCCUAAUAUAGAGGAGUCUUCUCACUGUUUUUACCAUGGUUCACUCCGUGGGUUUCAACAUUCCAUAGUAGCUGUAAGCACCUGUGAUGGGAUAAGGGGCUUGAUAUCAGAUGGGCGAGUCUCUUAUCAUAUUGACCCUUCUCCAGAGUAUGGACCGGGACGUCACAAACUGUACAUAGAACCUGAUGAUCGGCCCACGCCAUUCCAGAGAAGAGAUGACAAAAUAAAACAUUCCAGUUUGCAUGCAAAUGCAACAUUAAAUUAUUUACAUACCAAAGAUGUCUUUCAUAGAGUUCGGCGAGAAGUACGAGGUCCCUAUGACAGUAAUAACAAUGCCCGGUUUGUCGAGAUGUACCUCGUUACGGACCAAAGACUGUACAUUACCUAUAGUCGACAGGAUAGUGUGGUCAUUCAAAGAGCCAAAGACAUAGUGAAUAUUGUUAGCAAGCUGUAUAACCCUUUGAACAUCUACAUUGCUCUGGUGGGAGUAGAAAUCUGGAAGACGAAGGACAUGAUCCGAAUCACUUCUCAGGCCAAUAACACACUGGAGGAGUUCCUUAACUACAGAAAACAAGGCAUCAACCCCAAACAUGAAAACGACAAUGCCCAGCUGAUCACUGGCCAGGCGUUUAGUGAUAACAUUUUGGGGAGAGCUUUUGUUAACACUAUAUGUACAUUUAGUUCAUCUGGUGGUGUGGCGUCUGAUGCGGAUGUGAACAACCGCCUGAUCCAGGUAGCCACCACCGUGGCCCACGAGCUCGGACACAAUUUGGGAAUGGCUCAUGAUAACUACUCCUUCUGUAAAUGUCCUGAUGACAAGUGUAUCAUGGCUCCUACACAGGCAGGUACCUCCCCGCCCACAAAGUGGUCUUCAUGUUCCCGGAUUGCCCUUGCUGAGAAUUUUGAGAUCGGUAUGGACUACUGUCUGAAGAACAAACCAGACAAGUUGUUUGAGGGCCCCGUGUGUGGGAACGGCUUCGUGGAGCAGGGGGAGGAAUGUGACUGCGGACUACAGGGGGACUGUAAGACCACGUGUUGUAAUCCUUCUACCUGUAAACUGUCACCAGGAGCUGUGUGUGCUACAGGAAAAUGCUGUGAUACCAACACGUGUACGUUGAAGCCGCGAGCCACCCUGUGUCGUGGAGCGUAUGAGGAGUGUGAUCUACCAGAGUUCUGUAACGGAGAGUCUGAGUAUUGUCCAUCUGAUGUCUACAGGAAGAAUGGGAUAGAAUGUGGCAAUGGACAGUCUUACUGUUUGAAUGGUACCUGUAAGACCCACACCGGACAGUGUCGUCUGCUGUGGGGAGCCACGGGGAGGGUGUCUGAUCCUAUAUGUUUCCAGCAUCUCAAUGUCAAUGGCUCUGAAACAGGGAAUUGUGGGUACAAUCUGAGGACCAAUCGAUUCACCCGCUGUGACAAAGACAGUGAUGUGAUGUGUGGUCUCUUACAUUGCGUCCAUCUGAACGAGAAGCUCAUGUUUUGGAGGGAAACUUUGGCCAUUGCCACCCCGGCUUCCUUCUUACAGAAAGGGUCAAAGGUCUACGUGUGUCGCUCUGCCACACUGGAUGUGGGACUCAACAUGCCCGACCCAGGGCAGGUACCAGAUGGGGCCAAGUGUGGACAUAACAAGAUAUGCUACAACCAUAAAUGCACAUCACUAGCCAGGAUACCUUCAAGAGAAUGUCCAGAUUGUCACACUAAUGGGGUGUGUAAUAGUAUUGGUCAGUGUCAUUGUAAUGAGGGAUUCAGCCCCCCUUUUUGUGAUGCGCCAGGUUAUGGAGGCAGUUUACACAGUGGUCCAAUCAAAAUCAAAGACAACAAUGACCUACUUAUUGGGCUGCUGGUGACCUUUGCUAUGAUAAUCGUGUUUGGAUGUCUGGCCUUCAUUGCAUUCUACUACAGGGAAUCCAUAAAGAAAUGGUGGAUAAAUCACCCAGGGGACCUCAAGUUCAGAGUACCAUGCUUUUCACUUUCAUCUUGGAAACGACCAUCAAACGGACGUGCAGGAGGAGCAGCUGUGAACAGAAAUCCAAAUAUUCCGAGAGAUAUUUCAACGCCUGUGUUUCAGAGCACCACCGCUACUCAGUCUCGUAAUAAGACAAUUAAACCAGAGACCAGUCCUGAAAAAGUUGCACUGAAACCUCAGUCCAAAUCCAAAACACCACUUCCCAGACCAGAUCUACCCAAAUUCUUCAAGAGAGCGGAGAAACAGGAACCCGACUCUGCCACGUAUCAAAAUGUCGCUGUAAAAUUGCCUCCAAACCAGAGCAAACAACAAGAAUCCUCCUUUCAAGAAGUUAAAUUAAAUCCUGUCCCAUCAGAUACUAAAGAAUCCAAGUCCAUAUUUUCCAAGUUCUCCAGAAAAACUUCUAAAAGUGAGGAAAGCAAGAAAUUGGAGGAAAAGGGCCAGCCACCUACAUUUACCCCUUCCUCAAGGCCCAUUGUAAAGCCGGGAACCAAAGCAGUGUCAAAGCAACCAACCACUGCAUUGAAACCAACACCACCAGCAUCUGCUCUUAAACCAACCGGAUCAGCUGCUGCACUUAAACCAACUGGAUCAGCAGGUGCUCUUAAGCCAACGGGAUCAGCAGGUGCACUCAAACCAACCGGAUCAGCAGCUGCACUCAAGCCAACCGGAUCGGCAGGUGCACUUAAACCAUCAUCACCAGCCCCUGCAUUAAAACCAGUCAUCAGACAGAAUUCUAACCCUUCAAACCCAUCAGUGACAAGACAAGAUUCCAAUUCCUCUGGAAGUGGAGUUGCAAUGCGCAAAGAGCGUGUAUCCCGUGAAAUUUCAAACCCUGUGCUUAUCAGCACAACAGACAGACGAUCUCAAGCUUUUGUUCAAGAUAAGAAAGAUGGUCAGUUAGUGCCACCGGUUCCGGCUCAUUCGAACCGGAGUAGCUCGAGCAGUAGCAGCAGUAAUGGGAAGUCUCCUUCCAGACCAAAGUCAAUGCCAAUGCAGGCUCAAAAACUAGCAUUCCUUGGGGAACAGAAUCAGAAAGCUGCAGAGGAACCUAUCAAGUCCCCUCAAAGACCUCCUCCUAGCUAUGAGGAGUACCUUAAAAACAAAGGUCCUGCAGACAGAAAGGGAGGGCGAUCACCCAAACUUGGAGCUGAGGUGAAUGAUGAAGUGACAUUUCCAUUAGCUAAGAAUAGAAAUCCGGUUUCUAAAUUUGGAAGUAAUUUAAAGGAAGAACCUUCCAGAAAACCACUCUUACCGAAAGUGAAAUCCACCGGUCAAAUGAUAGAGCGAGGGGAUUCCAAUGGAAGGAGACCCAAACCAUCCCGGUCUCCUCCAAAGCCGGGAAUGAAAUUACCCAAGAAACCAGCACAGGCAAGCUCAUCUUUAGAGAAAACAGACUCUUUUGAAAAAGUGCAGGAAGCUCCUGCCGUAGCUCAUAUAAAAGCUAUGUUUGAUUCCAUGGACGUGGGCAAGAAAUCGGUGUUUGGUUCGGACAGUUCACUUGGUCAAGUGGGAACCAAAUCUCAACCAGUAACCGGUGACACAAGACCAAAACCUUCACCCAAACCAGGAUCUGGUUCAAAGAUUCGGAGUGUUAAUGUAUAAGUUCUUUGUGAUAUGAUAGAGUUAUAGGGUGCCAUUUCAAUUGAGAGAGAGAUCGAUAACUUGUUGAUGUCUGCCUGAAAAUGUUGUUGGGUCACUUGAGGGUCAGAAUGGACCUAAUGCUAUCUGUCUUUGUUCAUCAUGCCAACAAAUGUAAUCCAUAGGCUUUAACACAUUCAAAAUCUCUUCUCUGAAACUGCUGGGACAUAUAGAAACAAAAUGAUUUAAUUACAGGGCAUCUUUAAAGUAAAUGAUGCCAGUUUCAAACCUUAAACCUUAUUUUUCAUCUGUUUUUCCGUUAAGAAUGGGACAAACAUGUGCAGGUUAAAAGCAGUUUUCCACAGUUCAAUUGUUUCUUUAUAAUGAUGAUGCAAUAAGCAUAUAUUUACUUUCUAAAACUUGUAUACAGAUGUGAAUCGCACAUUUUUCGAAAAAAUAUCUUGCAUGUACUUAACAGUAUGUAGGCUGUAUAAAUUCUUGCCAAAGCACUGGCUUGCUCAGCCUUUAACAUUGGUAAAGAUGGCAAUAGUUGUUGCAAAAUACUCAGAUGUACAUGAUGUAUCAUUUAUGAUUAUUGACACCUGAUAGUUUAGGUUACAAAAAUCUGCAGUCACAUAUAGAAACUAGAUAACAGUAAUUAUGGUAACUGAAACAAUUGAAUUUAUUAUAAGAAUUAGAAAAGAAAUUUUAUUCUUUGCAUCUCAAAGCAAACAUUGAUUUGUCACUACGCAUUUUUAUAGACAAUACUCAAUUAUACCUAUUUGCUCUGAAUUUUUCAGAUAACAGGUGCUUUAUAUUAAUUUGCAAUACCUCAUUAAAAGAAAUUGAAUCAAAUUUCAAGGAGACACAAUAUUUAUUUUUUCGCUUUCUGCUGGUCAGACAUAGUUGCUUUGCUUAUACAAACGGUUUCCAAAUUUUUUUUGGUUGGGAAUAAACAAUAGUCUUGAAUUAUUUUAUAGUUAAAUCUUUUUUCUAUUUGAAGUGAAUAUACAUCUUAUACCCAUGUAUUCCAAUUAUGUUCUAAUUAAGAGAUUUAAGCAAUGUAGA